AUGGACGCUUCCAAAUGCAAGAUCAGAGAAUCUAGUUCUGCUUCUAUCCUAUAUCACAACUCUGCACUUGACUACAGGCUCAGACCAGGCGGUUUGGUUUUCAACGUUAUCAGAAGGUCAUUGCCUCAAAAGCAUUGGGCUCCUUUGGUGUGGCAUAAGGCUUCAGUUCCUAGGCAUUCAACUACUACUUGGCUAUUUAUUCUAAAUAGAAAUCCAACCUUUGAUCGCCUUGUCUCUUGGAAUGUUGAUCUGGAACCUAUUUGUUUGUUAUGUGGAGAAGGAGAUGAAUCGCGCAAUCAUCUAUUCUUUGAAUGCUCUUUCUCUGGAGUGGUGUGGCGAUCAAUGCUUCGGAGGUUUCACUUGCCUUCAGUGCCCCUGGUGUGGACUGAUAUCUUGUUAUGGCUCCCUAAUGCCCACUCGGAUUCUAUGGUUAAACUGGCAAUUCUUCAAGUAUGGCAGGCUGCUAUCUAUGAGCUCUGGAAUGAGAGGAAUAGACGGUUACAUGACGGUUUGACGCUGCCGCCUGUUCGUAUAAUGGGAUACAUAUCUGCUGCUCUAAGAGAUAAAUGCUCAGCCUUACUGUCCCUUAGCCAUCCCUUAGGUCCUCGCCUUGCUCAGUUCUGGUUCGAUCCCCCAUAA